GGUAAGUCACAUAGUUGGAAAACACAGGAAGCAAGCUGUAUGAAACAGGAGACACAUUUUUUCUCUAACAGAAGGUCUGAUAGUGACAGCUCGUUGUUUCUAAUACACAGGCCACUCUUCACCACAGUGCUGCUUACGAUGUGAUGCAUCAUGCCUUCCUGGGAGAAGCAAGCCUGCCAGAAGAUAGCCAUAUCUCGUGCCAUCAUUUUUAUUGUUCUUUUGGUGGGAUUGCUGAUUUUGGUUGUCGUAUAUCUGUCAGUCAGCUGGCAGGGUGUGAUUGGGGAGAGUUCCACUCAGGAUGUGACCUACGACCCCACCGACAACAGCCUCGGUGACGACACGUUUGAGGGCUGCAAAUCUAGAGCUACAGUUGUAACUGAUGAAGACAUAAUGCAGAGAUGGGACACCUGCAGUAGAACCUUCACUCAGGCCUGGAGCAAUGCAAAGCAAAAUGUUAGUGAGCCAAUGCACGAGUACAUGGAGAAACGUCAUUCAUUUGCUUUAUACAUGUACACAAAUAUUAUGCUGCAAUCUGUUAAACAGAUGUCUGCAUCUGCAGAAAGAAAUGUGAAACAAAAGGCAACUUUUGAGCCACACUCCCUAUAUUCAUCCCUCAGUGAAGCAAUCCAGAUACUGAAACACAGUCAGGUGAUGUGCCUUAGUACAAGUUACAGAACAGAGACAGUUUUACAUCUGAACACCUCUAACAAGCAGGUUCGGUUCAACACAUUCAUAUUAGGUUCUGAUGAGCGGAACUUUACUGGGAACGCUUCAUGUUUUGAGCUACACUCAUGUUUUGGUGCUGACAUAACACAUUACUCUGCCCUGAAACAGAAGAAUCAGGUGCUGAUUCCCCCCUACGAGGUUUUUAAAGUCACCCACACCCAAACAGGAACAAAGAGUUGUGAAGUGAUCUACAGACUGGAGAGCAACCUGAACUGCGUUUAUGACAGAGACAGCAAUAUGUUGCAUCCAAUAUCACCAUUACCAGUGGAGAGAUUUUGGCUCAUAUUUACCAUUAUUUGUAUUGUAAUCAUAUUUAUUGUGAUACCUUUUGUUAUUAGGAAGGUGUUCUAUAAGAAGACCACUGUUUACAGACCGUCGUAUUUGCAAAGCAGCACUAGCACUAACCCACAUUGGGGCGCCUAUUAGGCUGAUAUUUCCUCGUUGUAAAACUUCAUACGUGGGAAAACAGGACAAUAAGGUUAACAUCUGCAUACCUGAAAUACAUUAACAUAUAUUAUCCAUAAUUAUGUUGUCAUUUUGUAAACGCUUGUAUAAUUUCUCUAAACUAAUAAUAAAUCCAAUCUAAACUAA